CAUGUUGUGGUAGGUGCACGACUUUUCCACUUUGUAUUAUAUGAUUGUUAUUAUAUGAUUGUUCUUGGCCUAUAUAUAUUAUACCUUCGUGCUUAAAAACACUUAUCCCACUCUCUCCCUCUUUUUCUCUGAUCUCUGAAAUAUUCUCAGAGAUAGAAAUGGCCCUGGCAAUAGCUUUCCUCAUACUCUUGGUGGCAGCUCCAGCUGCAGUUUUUGGAGCUGAUCACAUUGUUGGUGAUGACCAGGGAUGGAACUCAGGUGUAGAUUAUGAGACUUGGGCUUCCGGCAAAACCUUCACCGUCGGUGACACCCUUGUGUUCAACUUUCUCAGUAACCACGAAGUCGAUGAGGUAAGCCUAGCAGACUACAACGGUUGCAGUUCAAGUAAUACCAUCAAAAACUAUGACAGUAGCCCCGCGAAAAUCACCCUCUCCAAAGCUGGUCCAAGCUACUACAUAUGCCCUACCCCAGGUCACUGUGCUAGUGGCAUGAAGCUUUUGGUCAAUGCUGUGGCCGCUGGCACCCCAAGUGCCACCCCGCCUACUACCCCCACCACGCCAGCACCACCCACAACCACGCCGGCACCACCCACCACCACGCCAGCGCCACCCACCACCACACCAGCACCACCCACUAACACCACUCCUGCCAGCAAUGACUCGCCACCUCCACCACCACCACCGCCAAAGAUUUCACCGGCGAGUAGUCUACACAUGAGUUUGGUUGGGGUUCCACUUGUGUUGGGAACUUUGAUUGCGUGUAUGGGCUAGGGAGGAGGCAGUGCUAUUCAAGUAUUCAUUAUGUAUUUGUUGUUGGAUUCCUAAUAAUUUGACCAGGUGCUUGGUGCAUUAUGUUGACUUUGUGUGAUCGUAGAUGAAUGAGGUAGAGUCGUUAAUGUUUAUAUAAUGGUUAUUUGUUAAUGAGAAAUUGGAAGUUCACAAA